AAUUCUAAGUCUUUAGUAAACAAAGAUUUUAAACACAAAACAGCUCAAACUGUUUCAUUAUUAAGAGAAUUUCAUGAUUUAGUAACUGUUAAUCUAGCUAAACUAAAUAAAGUUUCUUCAGAUGAAACAGUUGUUUCUCAAUACCAA